GCUAGUACCCACGCGCUUGUAGUUCAUGAUUCCUAACGCCAUUCAUUCCUUUGCGUCCGGCUGCGAUGCUACGAGCUGCCAUUCACCGCCAGACACUCCACAUUCCACCAGAUCCCCGCUCGCUGGAGCACACUCCCAUACACGUCCAUAUUCCGCAAACUUUUUCCGCGAGGCCACGAAGGAGAAUCUUCUGUCAAACACGCGAUGACAGCACGAAGCACAGAAGCAGCACAAUCAACUUCCCUCACAGCCAUUUAAAUUCUCUGAGUAAAAGCCAUGAUCCAACCCCCAGCGAGGAGGCACUGUUCGCGCGGAUAUCAGUGACACCGCCUGCGCCGGUCGCAACUCCGUCCCUCUCGGGCAUCCAUCUCAUCGUCCCCAGCAUCGUCGCCGCCACCAUAGCUGGCGGUGUCACCUUCUCCCUCCUCUCCCUGCACGCCAGCCUUCUCCGUGCCUCUCUCCGCUCUCCUCGCCGUCGCCUUUUAUCCCAUCUCCACUCUGCUCACUCUGCUUCCACCAUCACCAUCACCAUCAGCGUCGGCAUCGUCGUCCGACGAGUCGUCGCCAUCAGCCCCUUCCAGCGCCCCAUCCGCCGUUCGCACUCCCCAGAAUGGGUCCCUCGUCGCGUACACCAAGCAGGCGGCACCAGCGGCGCUGGCGACGAUGGCGUGACGUUCCCCCAACGCCAUGCAGGAAGACACCUUCAUCCACCGCUCUCGCCCAGGAGCUCGCCAACCUGGGCUUUAAGAGGCACAACUGGCAUUGCGGCUAGUGAACACGUGUCGGGACGAGGUGUGCCGGCCGAUAGUGAAGCUGAUUGACCGCGAGUUCGGGCUGUCGUUCAACAUUGGCGGGCUGGGCGGGCUCGUCAACUGCGGCACCACGGGCUUCAAGGCCGCCAUGUCACACUCGCCUGAGUUCCCCUGCGAGAUCAACGGUGGCCCACCGUGCCGAGAGAUUGCGUGUGGGGCGCUGAUAGCCAUCAAGAACGACAUCUCAAGGGGAGGGCCGGUGCAGGACGAUGCGGACGACCUGGAGUACGUGCUGCUCAAGAGGAAAAUCGCUGCUCGGGUGCACUCCUCUGCUGCGGAUGGUCCGUCGCUGGUGCGAGUGACCAAGGCAGCGUGGAGGCAAUCACAGAGGACAUAGAGAGGCUAGUGGGGCGCACAGUGGACCCCAAGACAGCAGACUAUGCUGUCAUCACUGGCGUGCAGAUACACUCCGGCUUUCAGAUUCCAGGAGAGCCAUUUCAAUUGGAGCGCACAUGUGAUUACAUUGCACCGAGUGCCAUGUAUGCAGUGGUUCGUGGGA